UUGAAGCAUAUGUCCCCUGGGUGUUCAAUCCGGGUGAGGAGAACACGUGCCCACUGGCUACAGUAAGGCCAACUAGUUCAGGCACAACACCUGCUUCAGCGACAGCUCAAUGGUGCCUAGGCUUUAAGCGGCCUGCAUCAUGUCUUCCAUCAACCAAGUGCAUUGAUUCAGGGCCUAGUGACAGGGCUUGCAGCGACAGUUUGCGAGCUAUCUUGGCUAACUGCGACGUGAAUGUCAAAAGAGGACGCGGAGCAGCUGCUCUGGCUGGAUGAGGAUGAGGAUAAUCAGCAAGGGGAGGUGCCUGGCGAAGCAGAAAGCCUGGCAGACGGGAAAAGCAGUCUUGCCGAGACGCUCCCCGCUGCCGAGAGCCUUGCCGUGACUGCUCUUGAGGACGAGCUAGCACGAACGAAGAGGGAGCUGCAGGACGUGCGCAAGGAACUAGCUGCCAAGACCGUGCAACUCUCCCGCAAGGAGGUGGUGGUGGCGCAGGAGAAGGUUGCGGAGCUGGCAGCGCACGUUGCCGGCGAGAAGGACAAGCAGCUGGCCAGCCUUGCAGCGCAUGUGGAGUCCCUCGAGGCAACCCUCAGCCAAAAGGAGGAGGAGCUGGAGGAGAGCCGGCGCAUGUAUAACGCGCAGAAGCGGGCGCUGCGCGAGGCUCUAGCGGCGGCAGCGGAGGCGGAGGUGGCGGAGCGGCAGGCGGACGAGGCGCGCGCGCGGACAGCCGUGGCGCAGGCAGUGGAGGACGAGCUGGAACAGCUGCAGCACCAGCUGGCGCUGCUGCAGGCCCGGCACGCCCUGGAGAUGCGGGCGCGCGACACGGAGCUGCAGUCCCUGCGGCAGGAGCUGGCGGCGGCCAACGAGCACAGGAAGCAAGCUGUGGCAUCGGCAGAGGCGGCGCUCACGGAGGCGUGGCAGGCGGAGGUGAUUCGCGCCACGGCGGAGGCGGAGGAGCGGGUGGUGUCGCUGGAAGCAGACCUGGCGCGCGUGCGGCUGCAGAUGGAGGAGCAGGCGCGCAGCGGGGAGAGCGUGGCUCUGGCUGGCGAGCUGGCGGCGCUGAACCAACAGAAGGUGGCCAUCCAGCGCGAGUUCGAGGCCUUCAAGGACAUGGCCACAGCCGCGUCCCGGCAGAACAGGGAGGACCAGGCGCGGCUGCUUGAGGAGAACGCCAACCUGAAGGGCCGACUGGCGGCCAGGGCGUUCCAGGACGUGCAAGCAGGCUUUAAGCCGAACUCCAAAGUGUUCACCGCGCUCACGCCCGAGACGCACACGGGCGUGCCUGCCAGCACCAUGGGGGGACUCAACUUUGGCGGCGGGCCGGGCGGCUGGGCGGAGCAGCUGCCCGCGGUGCUGGCGCAGUGGGAGCGGCAGCGCAAGGGCCUGGUCCCGGCGCUGGCGGUGGGCAGUGUGGUGGUGCUGAUCUUCCUGGUGGCGGUCAUCCGCGCCGCCGCCGUGACGCGCAGCGAGCACCGCGGCGGGCUGUGCUUCCUGGCGCACCUGGGCAUCAACGUGGGCAAGGGCUGCGGCAUUGUGCGGCCGGUCAAGUCUUCGGUGGGCGAGGAGCUUGGGCACCUCUUAGACCAGGCGCCCCGUGUGCACGACCUAGAAAAUGUGGAGGUAGUGGGGGCACAGGGCAAUCAUGUUGCGCCUGUGGUGAAGACGGCGGCUCAUGUUGCGGUGGUGGACCCUGCCUCGGGCACCGCGGCCGCAGCCACCAGCGGGGGUGGAGCAGCGAGUGCAGGCGCGGGUGGAGCGGGCCCUGAAGGCACAGCAAGUGACGUGUCGCAAAUAGCAAGCGGCGCAGUCACGAGCGCAGCCACGGCAGGGACGGACACGGGAGCGGCGGAAGACGCUGGCAAUGCUGCGACGCAGUCGGCGGCUACGUCGGCGGCUGCAGCCAGCGACCAACCCGCAACAGGUGGCGCUACUGCUGCCGGAGCUGCAGUGACACAAGCGGCGGCGAAGCCGGCGGCAGGAGGUGCUGCUGUUACGCAGGGUGUCGCGGAGCCGGCAGAGGACGAGGGCGAGGAGCUAGCGGAGGGCGAGGAGCUAGAAGAGGGCGGCGAGGGGGCUGACGAGGGGCUCGAAGAGGAGGAAGGUGGCGCCGAAGCGCAGCGGCGACGACUGUCGUGGCUGGGCUCACUGCUCCGUGGAUCAGGAGCUGUUGGAGGGAAGGAGCGCUCGUUUGAGCACCGGCGGCAGCUGUUGAGCGCGUCGGGCCGUCGGCUGCUGCGAGCACAUGGUGCCGAGCAGGGCGGCAAGCUGCCGGGCCGUGAGGCGGAGGUGGCAGCGGCUGCAUGAGCGCAGUGAGGUGGCAGCGGGGCUCUGGUGUAGGUGCUGCACAUGGCUGGGAACAUGAUGCGGGGCUGAACAGGACCCUGGACCCAGGGCGCCGCACUGGUACUCGCGGGUGCCGAGUGGCGCUUGGCCGGGCACUCGGCUGAGAGCCGGUAGCCUUUCGGGGCUGUGUGCGUUGGAUAAAUGCCGUGACAUCAAGACAGAUGCAGGGCAGCUGUAAGCUGGUGAAGGU